AUGGCCAACUACGAUCCAGACCUUGACUACGUCGAAGGUCUGAACAUGCACUAUGAGGGUGAUCCUGUGCCUUACAUCAGUAACGAGUAUGAUCCUGGAAAUGAAGGUGACGUACCCAACGAAGAAGUGUCUGAGUCGUUGGCGCCAGUGGAACAUGGGGCCUGA